UACACUUCUCCCCCUCUUAUUUCAAGUAGCAGGCGCUGGUCACGUUAAACUUUUCUUCUGCUAAUUGCUUUUUCUUUUUGUCCCUAAAUUCGACCAAUUUUUCAAUUAAGAUGAAAGAAGAAAGGGCUAUUUUAGGGAAUAGUAGAAUUGAAGAUGUUCGAUGGCUUUGUUCUUUAACCGAGUCUUAACUUGUUUGAAAGUGUUGAUACAACAACGUGCCCAAAAAAUUGGUCAUGAAUCUUUAGCUAACAACUUUGAUUUGAAGACCAUCCGAGCACUCACUGAGUCCUCUGCAAAUUUAGAUGCAUGUAAUUUGUUAAAUCUUGAUUUAGACGAGACAUUUUCCAAUAUGGCGAUUGAACAGCUGAGCUCCUACAUUUGCAGUGAUAAGAGAAAGAAAAUGAUGGAAAUGUUUUUCGAAGACUUGUCUCCAAAUGGAAAGCAGAGAGCUAGCAGUUACAGCAGUAGAUCUAAGUUUUGAUAAAAAUAGAUGAUGAGUUCUCUCCUAUCACCUAUCAGUUAGUGCUAAUUACUAUUGUUAAAAGCCAUUGUUUCGUCACUUAAGCGAAAAUGCAAUGCAAAGCGAGGGGUUAUUGCUUGAUAUGAGUGAAGUCAUGUUUUAGAUGAGUUUGUGCUUCAAAAAAUGGUGCACAAAGUCAGUCUAACAAGAAUAAUUUCAACUUUGGGUUGGACGAAUAUCGGCAUUUAUGUAUACUGGAUGCUAAAAGUAGCUAAUUUAAUUACAAUUUAAUUUGUAUUGAAUUGAACUCACAGAUGUUUGAUACUUUUUAAUUCCAAGAAGUUGUGCGUUUCA